AUGAAUUCUCCAUUGCCUGGUAUAAACCCUUCCUUACCUGCCAUGCCUGAUAUAAACUCACCAGCCUAUCUCAACAUUUUGGAUCCUUUGGAUGUCGCUUCCCAAUCUGCCGCCAAGGCCUUGGCAGCUGCCGAGUCUGCCCGUGCCGCUGCUCCCAAGCCUACAGUGGAAACAGCAGCUCCAACCCCAGAAACAAAUAAUGUGGUUAGUGAAACUUCAAAUGGGACGCCAUUGCAUAUCAACAAUGUGCUCAUCAUGGCCAUCACACUUGUGUUACUCGUUUAUUUUUCUAAAACUCUAAAAUAA